AUGGAAACCAUCAAAAGUAGAUUUUCAGUGAAUACUUCCCUGAAAAAUGCACGCAUUUUUGAUGAAGAUUCCGAAGAUUCUCUGGCAAAUUUAAUAAGUAAGAACGACAUCAAAGAAGAGCUUGAAGAGUUGGCUUUUAAUCCAUUUAAAGAGGCAACGAGUAGUGCAACCAAAGAAGAUCCCGCUUUAAAAACGACCAUCAAACAUGAGCUGUUUGACGAAGAGACCAACUUUCCAGUAUGUACAGAAGCCUUUGAGAACAUUCAUAUAAAGAAGGAAGUUCUGGAGGAGCUAACUUCCCCUAUGAAAAUUGAUGGUUAUGAAAAUUCUGAUUCAAAUUCUCGGAAAAGUCUGAAAAGUGCCAGAAUUUCUUUAUACAAAAAGCGAGAUUCGCCAUAUAAAUCAGCGCUUGAAAAACUGGGGCCUUCCUCAAGUAGAAUCAACAACCCAAACUUUGAUGAAAACAACAAAACCAUACAAAAGAAAAAAACGCGCAAAAAUGAUUUAGAAACAGACCCUGCUGUCUUAAGUCGAAGACAAAAACAAAUUGACUAUGGGAAGAACACAAUAGGUUAUGAUGAGUAUUGUAAACGUGUUCCAAAAAACCAACGCAAAUCGGAUGACCCACAGACCCCUAAUAAGUACCUAAAGUAUUCAAGACGCGGUUGGGAUGGAUUAAUCAAACAGUGGCGACUUAAAUUACAUAAGUACGACCCUGAUGAUUCAUAA